CUCCUCCCCCAAAACCUCUGCCCUAAUCCACCCUCGCCGCCGCCGCCGCCGCAAGUAGCCACCCGCGCCGCCGCCGCCGCCGUCGCCGGAGAAGGAGAGGAGCAGCCAUGGGUCGCGUGCGGACCAAGACGGUGAAGAAGACCUCGAGGCAGGUGAUCGAGAAGUACUACUCGCGGAUGACGCUCGACUUCCACACCAACAAGAAGGUGCUCGAGGAGGUGUCCAUCCUGCCGUCGAAGCGGCUGCGCAACAAGGUGGCCGGGUUCACCACCCACCUGAUGCGCCGCAUCCAGCGCGGGCCCGUGCGGGGCAUCUCGCUGAAGCUGCAGGAGGAGGAGCGCGAGCGCCGCAUGGACUUCGUCCCGGAGAAGUCGGCGCUCGAGGUGGAGGAGAUCCGCGUCGACAAGGAGACCAUGGAGAUGCUCGCCGCGCUCGGCAUGGCCGACCUCCCCGGCGUCGAGCGCCAGCAAGAGGUCUCCGCGCCGACCUACUCCCGCCCGCCGUACGGUGGCCCCCGCCGCGACCGCGUCUAGAUCGUCGUCGCCUCUUCGCCGCCGUCGUCGCCAUGGCUCGCCUAGCUCUGCGUACUACUGAGUUCUAUGUUUUGUCUUUAGAUCUAUGGUUGCUUUCAAGAUUUUGAACUUAGCCGUGAUGAUGAUGCUUUAAGUUACCAUGUGUUUUGGUGGACAUGAUUAUCUUUUUCUAUCGCACUGGUGAAAUCUUGAGUGAUUCGAUAUAUUACCAUGAAAUUCCCAUAUGCUCCUUGUGUUGUAAUUGCU